AAAUUCUACACAUUUACAUUUCUUUCGCCGCUCGAGCAGUGUUUCAGUGAUGUUUUACAAGAUAAGUCUAUUAGUGUAGUGAAAAUGUCCCCAAAGUGUCCAGUACCUCCGCUUCAAGAGAUAACCUUGUCUUUAGUCGCUAGGCAGCUCAUUCAUACGCUGUCCCAAGUCACUUCCGAAGAAGAUGUGGCACUAUCUUUCGCUAUGGUGUCCUCUUACUACGAGAACAUGGGAGCGACCAGUGACAUAUUCCAAGAUCUCAUGAAUUUGAUCCUCAAUGCAGAUUACUUGGAUCCCUCAAUAAGAUACUAUACGAUGCGUUUGCUCCUCAAAGAAAACGUAAAGAAUUUGACGACAGGAAUGUUCCCUUGUCCUUAUUAUAGAAAAGUCCUUGAAGUCAUCGAACAACAGGGCCGACAUUUGACUGCACUCAACCUCAAAGGAGUAUGGGUUAAGGACGAGCAGUUAUCGCUAAUGUAUCAGAUAAUCAAGAACCUAAAGCAUUUAACAGCGUUGAAUAUACCGUAUAUGGCCAACGAUGAAGUGCUGAAGUUUAUAGGCGAACACAACAGCGUCCUAAAACUGCUGGACGUAUCCGGCGAAACCGAUAUCACGGAGAUCGGAAUAGAUGCCAUGCUGUCCGGCAACCCGCAACUAGCGCAGAGUCUCUCCGUUGUUAAUAUAGGAAUGUAUGGCGAGGAGAACAUAGAUCAUACGGACGUAGCACUACUUAUAAGAAAACUACCGAAUCUAACCAACCUGGGCAGCUACUCGUUCGUCGGGAAAGCGUUAUACUCCGUGUACAAUAACGACUGCCCGCCUAAUUUUAAGACGAAGCUCCAGUAUGUUCACGAUAUUGGGACGAAUAUGAGGACGAUGAAGGCGAUAGUAGCAUUAUGUCCAAUGAUGGAGACGAUUUACUUGGAGGAACCCGACCAGGGUGUGCUCCAGUUAGUGAAAGAUUUAGGUACCAUAAAUAAGAUUAAGCUGAACAAAUUCCAGUGUCACGAACUCCACCAGCUGCUGGACAAAAUAGGUUAUAAGAUAGUGACGCUUAUGCUCUCCGGGUCUCAGGGUUCCUUCAACUUUACCAGGAUCGCAGAGACGUGUCAAAAUUUGGAGAGCCUGGAGUUCUAUCAGAUACAAACUGCGACGCACGAGGAAGAAAUUCCGUUUAAUAAGUUAGAGCAUAUCGAAAUUAUUCAAGGAAACCUAUCCGCUUCCUGUCUAAGGUAUCUGAUGACUGGAAGUCCAAAACUCAAGAAGAUCAUUAUAGGAGACGAAGUGAAAUUGGACGACCAGGAUAUGGCACGGAUGCUCCGUCGGUACAGAUUCGAGAAUUUAGAAGGUAUCUGGUUUCCCAACGCACCUCGGUUGAGCCGAGAUACCGUGGAACUGCUCAUGGACUGCUGUCCAAAACUCCAAAGCCUGGGUCAGCUGAGUGGAUGGAGGUUCACUCCAGAUGACAUGAUGCUCAUGCGAGCGAUCAUCGCUAGCACCAAUACAGACCUCGUGCUGUCACCGCUAGGCAUCUUCCAGCAGGGAACGUAAAUUCUUUAUUUAAAUUUAAGUUUUUGAAUACAGAAUGCAUUUUUUAUAUUUUUUUAUUGAUCGGAUUAGUAGGCACUAGGCAGAGGUGUAAAAAGUACUCGUUUGAAUUGAUUAAUUAGUAAUUUAUUUGUGUACAAGAAAUUAAGAAAUUAUUUAAUUUAAAUACAAUAUUAUGAGGAAA